CGUCAUCAAACCAGUACUCGUUUUAUAAAGAGCCAUCUGUUUUCCCUUCAAAUCAUGACCCUCUCUCUCUCUCUCUCUCACACACAGAGACACAGACGGCUUAGCAUUGGUUGCUGGAGUCAUUUUAGUGCGAGACUAGUUAAAUUUGAAGGGAAGAAGUGGUAAGAUGGACACAUUCAAUUUUGUUAAAGAUGGGGUGAUUAAAUUGCCUCCUGGAUUUCGAUUUCAGCCAACCGAUGAAGAGAUUGUCUUUCAAUACCUCACACGCAAAAUAUUUUCACGCCCUUUGCCUGCAACAAUCAUUCCGGAGGUCAAUAUAUACAAACACGAUCCUUGGGAUUUGCCUGCAGGUGAGUCGGACGAGGACCGCUACUUCUUCAGCAACAAGGAAGCCAAGUACCAAAAUGGAAACCAAACCAACAGGACAACUGGUGGUGGUUAUUGGAAGGCAACUGGUUUAGACAAACAAGUUAUAAAUUCAAAAAUAAAGCCAGUAAUGGGAAUGAGGAAGACAUUGGUUUUUUAUAAAGGGAAACCUCCUCAUGCAGCUAGAACAGAUUGGAUCAUGCAUGAAUUUCGCCUUGUCCACCACGGAAAUGCUACUGAUGACAUUGCUCAGUCUACAAAGACAUCUACUCGGGGGAAUUCGUUGGUUCAAAUUGGCAAUUGGGUUUUUUGUCACAUAUUUCUGAAGAAAAGAAACAUGAACACUACUGAAGAUCACGAAAACAUAGGGACAUGCAAGGAUGACCAAGCACCAAGAUUCUACCAAUUCAUGAUGGGAAACUUGAACGAUCUUGGUCCUAACCCUCCAACCUCAUCUUCUUCUUCAAAUUCUGAUUCCAGUAGUGUCAUCACUGAGGACUCUUCAAGUCAAUUAGAUAACGAAGAAACCAGUUGCCUCGAAAUACAGUGACUGCCUAGUAUUUUCAUGUUGCUAUCGAGGAGAUCAAGGAAUGCUGUUCUUCCUUUAGAUUAAAUAAAAAAGUUUGUAAAUUGUGGAAAUUAACCUCUUUAAGCAGGAACUGCA